CCUGCCUCCUGGGGAUAACGUGGAGCGGGCACGUGCACUCUUCUCUGUUAUGAGAACACGUGUAUGUGGAUGCCAGUUGUGCAGGUUAUCAUUUGAAAACUCAAUGAAAGGAUUCCAAAUGUCAAUAAAGUCAUCAACUGCUCUUGUGCUGCUCAGUGCUUGUACUCUCUUGUCAAUUUUUUCAGUAAGGCAAUUGUCCAUGCAGUUGUUUCCAGCGAAAAACAUGUAAACGUUCCAGUCUCUUCCAAUUCUGUGUCACCGAUAGGCGUGCUGCCACAAUAAGUGAUCAGUUAUCUGUAGUAAAGGUUAAGCUUUUUUCCUUGAAAGUGGUUAACAGUCCUAAACUUGGUGUGCACUGUACUUCUCCUGUGGUGUGUCUUAUUUAUAUGAACACCUUUUGCCAAAAAAGCUGUACGUAUUCUCUUGUCCACCCUAUGUGGAAAAUUGUACCAAUUGUGUUACAACCUUGCCAAUCCCAAGGUGAGAGUGAUUUAUUAAUACAGGUACAUUUCAGUGGGGUCAGAUGCCAUCUAUGUAAUAGCUUAAAUGUAUUCUCUCAUAUAUGAGUUGAGAGUGAUUCACCUUUCUUUUCUUUUCUUUUUUUGCCUUGCCUAUUCCACUCCAUCUCUUCAAUUUCAAUGCCUAAAUCAGAUUACCACAACUGUUUUACAGGAUCAUAUUGCCCAAUGUUAAUUUGUUGAGUAUUUUGUAGGGUAUAGAUAAAAAAAGGUUCGUCUGUUUUAUUGGGUUCAGAAUUAAUUUUCAAAUGGUGUCAAGUAUCUGGUGGCAUGUGUUGAGAGGUUAAGUCUGACCAUUGCAUUCUAUACCCUUAAUUUUGUGGCUACUUGGAGUAGUUUUUGUUAACUGUACCCUGAGCAGGGAGCAAUUUCACAUGGCAACCUGUUGUUCUUUAGUUGCUGUCUGCACCUGACCCACCCACUGAAAGUCUCAUUCCUCCUCCUCUCUCUUGCUUCUUUCCCACAUUGACAGAAAGCUGAGGAUUACGGCUACAGGCAGUCUCUGAUGGAGCGGCUGUGCAGACAGCUGGAUGCGCAGCUCCAGAAUAAAGUCAUUGACAGGCUUCCAGUCCUGCACUUGACCACUCAGUACAGGAUGCACCCCAAGAUCUGCCUCUUCCCUUCUAACUACGUCUACAACCGUGCCUUGAAAACUGACAUGUGCGUAGUCAUCUUUUUGUUAUUGAUUGUCUCACCUCAAGUCAAUAGACAUUGAAGGAGAGGAAGUAGACGAAUGAAUGUGGAUGAAUGAACCUGAAUGUGGACAAAGGUUCUACUUUAUCCUGGAUUUUUCAGAACCCCCAAGUCCAGUGAUGGGUUGGCUGUGCUCUCCAGAUGUUGCUGGAGUCCAGCAGACAUCAGCCAGCCAGAAGGGCUAUUGGUCAGGGAUGGGGAAACUUGUAGUCUAGAAACAUCUGGACAUACAUACAUCAUACCCAGUGUGUGUGUGUGUGUGUGUGAGAGAGAGAGAGAGAGAGAGAGAGAGAGAGAAUGUACCUGCUCAGGCACUACAGGUGAGUACUGAGGUGAAUGAGAAUUCUGUACAUGAUCAUAGGCAUCCAUCCUGACUCCUUCUGGCAACCUGAUUUGAUACUUAAACAAUAAUAAUCUUUCUUUCUAACCAUUUCUGAAAUGUUACUCUUGAAUUAUGUGCUCUUUGAUGCUUGUCUGGAUUUGUAUAGUGGCAAGUAGCUAUAUUUAUGCCAAGCUGCUGCUGCUGAGCUCUUUUUUUUUUAGUGAAAUUCUUAGAUCAGAGCUGGGAAACCUGUGUCCCUCUCGCUGCUUCUGGACUCCCAACAGCCCCAGUCAGGAUGUCCUGUUGGGGGGGGGGGAUACUGUCCAGCACCACCUGGAGGGCCAGGGUUUCCCCAUCCCUGUGGUGUACAAAAGUGCAGUAGUCUGUCCAUAAUCUCCCUGCUGGAUGAAGCCAAGGGUCCAGUUUAUUUAUUCAUUGUGUUUAUAUCCCACCUUUUCCUCCAAGGAGCUCAAGGUGCUGUACAUGUUGUCCUUCUCCUCUUUUAAUUCCCACAACCGCCCUGUGAGGUAGGCUGGGCUGAGAGGCAGUGACUGGCCCACGGCCACCCACUUUCGUGGCUGAGCAGGGAUCUGAAGCCUGGUCUCCCAGCUCCUAGUCCAACACUCCAGCCACUACACCUCACUGCCUCCAGAUGCUUCUAGGAAACCCACAAGCUGGGCACCUUGUCUUCAGAGGUGGACUGCCUCUGCAUGUGGAGAUUGCGCACUCCUUGCAGCCGCAGACAAGCCUCUCCUCCACUCACCAUCUCCCCUGCUCUCUGGAACACCUGACCAGUGACCUUCACUCCUUCAUCUCUACCACCCUCAGUGGCCGGAAGGCCUCCUGUUCCUUUGAACAACUCCCCUGAUACUUCCUUGCUGACCCUUUGUGUCUGGAACACCCUCUCCAAGAACACUUGCAGUGCGCCAUGACCCUCCCUAUCUUCCUUCAAAAGUGAUGUCGCUGGUGAGGCCUUUCAUUUGAGGCCUUCCCUGCUGCUGAAGAACACUUGGGCAGCCAUUCCUUGCUGGACUUGCCUGCACUUACUUAUUUCAUAAAAUAAAAACCUCUCUCCCUCUGUUGUUUCCCUGUUGUUAAAAUGUACAGUGUAGGCUCCCUGGGGCAGAGACCUCUCUUCUUGGAUGAUGAUAGUAAAGUGUAUGCAGAUUGAUAUCUCAGUACAAAAAUACCCCCCCCCAUCAUUUCUUUAUGCAACAGCAGUGUGUGAAAUACAGGAUAUAUUCCCAUUUUAAAGAAGGGCCAAGUGAGGUUCAACAGCCCACUCAGUGACUCUGGUAACCUCUCCAGUCUACAUCUGCUGUUGUCUUGUGAUGUGUCAACUGGGGUGCCUCUGCUGGAAAUUCUAGGGCUCAGGUGCAAUCCUUGGGGUGGUCAAGUGUGUGGGCCAUUGUCCACAAGUCACAGUUGUCUGUUAGAGCCCCCGUUGGUCUCUGGCCGCAUUCUUGCAGCCACCUGCGAUGCCCAUAAGGGAAUUCAGGAGAGGAGAGGUUUGUGGUCCCACAAUAGUCUUUGCAGGGGGUGAGGGCAGGCCUAGGCCAUGUGAGCUUCGUCACUGCAGCUCUCUUACUGCAAUGAACUUCCCAUUCCUGACGCUGGCAAAAUGGCUUCUCUGAGGGAGCUUCCGCUGUGUCUCACUGGGGGAGAGGAGAAAUGGAGCACCAAACCCCUCCCCUCCCUGGCAGGCAAUGGGUUUGGUGCUCUCAGAUGUGACCUGGCAGAAUUGUUGGCCCCACGGAGGGCUGAUGGGGUGAAAUCAGGCAAACAGGGCUACACUUCUUUUGGUUUUCUUUACAGGUUUAGGUUUUUCCUGUUUUUUUAAGAAGGAGAAAAAGGUCACAGCUGCGCUAAUGGUGCCUUUCUGUUUUGCAAGUCACCUUUGGAAUGAAUAAAAUAUUCAGGCACAGUUUUGAAAUAUUAACGAGAGUUUUCACAUGAAUCACAACAAAUAAUAUUAAUCCGCCAAUGGUUUGUGCUGCAGGGGUGUGUGUGUGUGUGGCCAAGGUCUAAAGCUGGUUCCCACCACCAGCCCACUUCCUUUCCACCUGGGGGGUGGUGGUGGAAGGGCACUCUGUGCUUGGAAGCCACAUGGGGGGGGGUGUAGCUGAAAUUGCAAAAGCAGAUCAUGGACUGACUUCUAAGAUUUAUGCCCCAAGCUUCUCACUUUGCUCUCAAAUGAUGUCCAAUAAAGGAGGCACCCAAGGAACAAUUAAAUGAAAUGAUAAUUAAAGCUAUCGAUAAACAACCAUUUUGAGUGUUUUAAAUAUACCUUUAUGAAAGGUAUUUCAUAAAGAACCUAUGAGGGAGGCAGAGAGAAGCUAAAAUAUUGCAAAGCAAGGGAAAAAACCAUGUAUAAAUGAACAUCACUAAUAAAUAUUCACCACUAACGAAAUUGAUCAAAAUCAGGGCCUCCAAUAAAAAAUGUAAAGCAGAAACAUGGCAGCAGGGGGUUGUCUCUACUCAGAGGAGGCCCACUGAAAUUAUACAUAGACAUGGAAACCUUGGUAGGAAUGCCUGCAACCUUUUAGUAGUGCACUUACAAAUGGAUUUCUAAUGCCCUUGAAACUUCAACUGGGAUUUAGUGAAGCCCACGGGGGUCAGCUAGGAGGACACGGGGGGGCACUGCCCAUCCUGAGCCAGCUUCACCUGUGGCUUGUUUUGCCCCCUCCAGGUUCCUGAAGAGUCUGCAGCGUCUGAAUGUCACCCUCACCCGAGCCAAGUACAGCCUCUUCAUCCUGGGACACCUGAAGACGCUCAUGGUACGUGGAAGAAGGCGUAAAGUCUCUCUCUGGAUAUAUACGUCAGCUCUCCUUGUAGAGAAAAGCGGGACUUGGAAGGCCAGUGGUGGUGCCCUGGCAGUGCGGGGGGGCUUGGCCCAAGGCCCCCCCUCCCAUCGCCUCCCAAAGCCAUAAAUCAAGCCUACUUCAUAGGGUUGUUUGGAGGAGCAGGGUGCCAACAGGCCCAGUACGCUGUGUCUAUAGGUGAUGCCCUCCGCCUGCCCUUGAAAAGGGGGCACAGAUUUGCUGCUCUGGCUGUGGCAGGUGAGAACUGCAGUUCAAAGCUUCGGGAGGGAUCCAGGCUGGCCAGAGGUGUUGUAGACAAUUCAAUCUUUUGAAUCUGCGGGGUUGGGGAAAAUGUUGGGCCACAUUUAUUCAUUCAUUUAUUGAAUUUAGGUCCAGCCCUCAAGAGCCCAGGGCGGUAAACGUAUUAGACACAAAACAAUGGUUUAAAGAGCCUUCUAAGAAGAGCUACAGUUCUAAACCUCUUUGGAAAAGACAUUCUCUCAUCCCGUAUCCAGUGUCCUUCAGCCACCGAAGGCACCUGUGUAAACAAACAGGUUUUCAAACUCCUCCUGAAAGGCAACAAUGAGGGAGACAGGUGCAGCUCCCCAGGGAGGGGGCCACCACAAAGAGGGAGCUACCACUGAGAAGGCCCUGUUGGGGGGUCCAGUGCCAUCUCAAUUUUGUCCCUGCUUGUGGGCGCCCAGAGGAACCUGAAACUCGGGUUUCAUAGAUUGUAAAACUUACGUUACUUUAGCUCUUUCACCAGUUGAUCUUAGACUGGCAGUAUGGUAUUCCAGAGCUAAGGAAGUUGUGGGCUGAACUCCCAUCACUCCUGACCAUUGAACACUGUGGUUUUUCAUGCAAGGCCAAGCAUGGCAUUUCUGGGAGGUGUUUGUGAGAUGCUGUAAGGGCCGGGGAUCCUGCAGCCCUGCAGGUGUGCGAUGCACAGCAGGGUGGUGAGAGAUGGAGUUCAGCAACUUCUGCAGGGCCACAAAGGUUCCCCACUCCUUCCUCUGUGCUAGUAUGCCAGCUGUGUGCAGGGGAGCGUUGGUUCUAAGCAUAGAAAGGGAUGCCAUCCUCUGCCAUGCUGGUUGCCUCUGUCCCAUCAGACUCCUGUCCUGCCAGUUGUCUCCCAGGGAGGCGCUUGGGCUGGGAGUGAGCCCAGUCGGGGGAUAAAGCAGCUGGCAUGGGGGACUCCCCUCUUUCCAUCCCGGCACUUUCCUGCAUGAGGUCACAAUUACUCCCAUACUGGGCGCAAAGUCUUCAUAUGGUCCUUUUUCCCAGCCUUGUACCAUAACGACUUUGCCACUAGAGGGCCUCCAAUCCAGGUUUGUCCAUUGGAAGGCCUGGCAAUGAUGGUUUGCUCCUGUAAAGUUCAGAGUUGUGAACGGAUUCCUGUUAAACACUCGUUUCCCUGCUGCUGCUUGUUUUGUAACUACAGUGAGGAGGGAAGGAUCCUUAUAGCCCGAGUAUGGGCAUAUUGGAGGGAUCCUCUGUUGUGUGUUCACAAACCACUGUUUACCAGUGGGUGCAAUCCAGAGGAAGUUUGUCCUCCUUUCUCCUGACACCCAUUAUUAGUGGUCUCUAGUGUUUUAGAUUAAUUCAGCCAGCCUUAGAGGAAGGGUGAAGAACACUUUUCAGGCCAAGGCCCCCAUUUCCCCCAAGCUGAAAGCUGUUGAGAGGUGCACUCCAAAAGCUCAAGACCGACACAGUCAGACUCCCACUUUCCUGCAGCACAGCAGAGAAUCAAUAAAUCGCCACCGACCCUUGCUAGUCUCCUGUCCUAAUAAUUCAUCGGUUGUUGUUGUUUAAUCCCUUUGUAGUAAAAUUAAAAUUGGAAUGCCUUGAUUCAGGAUGCUCAGAAAAGAGGUUCCUUUAUCAAGACCUGAAAUGCCAUGUCAACAGUAUUCCUUGCUUUGCAUGUAGUGCUAAGAAGAUCCUGAAGUCUCUGCCAGUACAGCAGAGACUGGAGAAAGCCAUGUGAGGGCCGGUGAGUGUGGCGGCUGAGUCACAUGAAGCUCCUGGGCAACAUUCUCUCAAGUGAUGGAGGACAACACAGCAAUAAAAGCACGGUAACAUUUUUUUGGGGGGGGAUAGAACCCCCAAGCCAUGAAAUAAACGUUGUUUUCACAGUAUGUUUUGCUCUUUCUGAAUGUUUUUCUUAUAACAGUGUGUUUGCUGGCAGGGUGGUGUUGAGCUCUGAGAUGAUUCUUAAUAGACAGCAGUUUACUUCAGCAGCUGUUUCCCUCAUACACUCUUGUGUCCACCUUGUGUAGCAGCCUCUGUGGCCUUAUGGCUGAUGGAUGUGCCAUCAUUGGCUCCUUCACAGCAUUCUUGCAUUUGAGGCCACUUUCAAGUAAUCUUGCCCCUUUCCUCUUUAACAAUGCACACACUUCAGAGUGGGCUUUCAAUCCUGGGCUGAGAUUUUUAUUCAUCUGUAGGGUAGUUGAAUAUGAUUAUAGCUACUUAAAUUCCACCAGCCAACACUCAAUUUUAAAAGGGUUGGACGAUUUAGAGCUACAGUUCUUGAAAUUUGCUCGCAGACCAUAAUCUUGAUUAUUUAUUUUUAAAGGGUCCCCAUUUUCUCCUUUGCCUGUGCGCUUUGAGUUUCUCUCAACUUUCCACCAUCUCAUUAAAAUGUGUUUUGGUCCAAGGUAAGCUGCCCAGACUUUAUUUACAAAUAUGUAGAUAUGCCUGGUUUCUCUUAGCUCUGAAUACUCAAUUCUUAACAUGCAGCUAAAUAUGGGGACUGAUUCUAUUGAAAAAGAUCAAUUGGUUGUAUCCAUGUAAGUUAUACUUGAGUAAACCUAUUGAAAAUAAUGGAUCUAAUAAUGGUCAUUGUUUUCAACGGGUCUACUCUGAGUAGGGCUAGGAUUGGAGACAUCUCAUUAUGUCUGUGAUGUGGUGAAGGCUUCUCCUGUGGUAUUUUGAUCUGUGAUGACCUAUUCACACACAUGACUUCUGGAUGAUAUGGAAGUCCAAGAGAUGAGUGUUUGUGUGUAAACCAGCACUCAGCUAUCUUGUUCCAUGGCAGCUGAAUGGCUUUCACAAGGACUCCUCUUGGAAUAAGUUGUCUGGGGAAUUUGACUUAAAACUCAUCUCAAGCUAGGAAGGGGAUGGAGAGAGAGGAAAAAAUGAAUCCUGGAAUUUUAUACAAAAUGAGUUGGGCAGCUUUAUCCCAGAGUCUGAGGAAUUGCUUGGUGUGUGAAUGUGUCCCCCCAUUCCUGCAACUAUUGCAAAGAUAUUUUGAGAAUGGUCCUUGCAGAUCUUGAAGCAGAUGUUCUGCAGAACCUUCCUCCUCCCAUACCCCUUUGUUACUGCUAAUGCAAACGUUGGUGUGCGAGAAAGAAAGUGUGUGAUACGGACCUUCAGUUUGCUAAGUUCUGGUGUAGCUUCCAGCUGCCCAUGGCAUGAAUUCUCCUUUCCUUUGAGCUGUGGCUCUUGUGCUCUGAAAGCCUUGGGCAAGGAGUCGCCAAAGUGCAUUUUCAUCCUAAUGUUUAAAACGUGAUUUGACAAAGCCUCAGCAGCUGCUUAGAAAGGCACCUUUUUCUUACUUGCCUUUUAAGGCUGCUUUCAGGGGGUUGUGUCUCAAACCACAGUUCCUAGCCCUGUCUGAACCAGAGGUUAUUGCGCAUAGGUCUAGCAUAGCAUUGACCCACUUUGCACAUAAUGCUAAGCUUAACCAUGGACUCCCGGAGAAGAGAUUGCAGCCACUUUGCUUGUCAUGUGCUGCUGCUGCUGCAAGCUAAGCCAUGGUUCCCCCCACCCCCCUCCAGACAAGCCAUGAGGUCUAACAAAGCUUUGUCCUUGAGGUUCACAGGCAUAGUCCCUCCUGGUAUGUCCCACUGAGGAACUCCAAACAAAAACAUCUUGGAGGUCCCAGGUCACAGAGAGGUUAGGCUGGCCUCAACCAGAGCCAGGGCUUUUUCGGCUGUGGCUCCGAUCUGGUGGAACACUCUGUCACAAGAGACCAGGGCUCUGUGGGACUUGACAUCUUUCCACAGGGCCUGCAAGACAGAGCUGUUCCACCAGGCCUUUGGCCAGGGCACAGCCUGACUCCCUCCUCUGGCAAUCUUCACAGAACUCUAGCCCAAUGGUUGCCAUCAAUUUGAUUUUAAUUAAUUUUAUAUUGAAAUGAUUUUAGAAUGUUGUAUUAUUUUAUUGUUGCUAGCCGCCCUGAGCCCGGCUUCGGCUGGGGAGGGUGGGAUAGAAAUAAAAAUAUAUUAUUAUUUAUUAUUUAUUAUUAUUAUUAUUAUUAUAGCCCAGCACCCCCCAAAAAAAACUUCCAAAAUUUUAAGGGGUCAAGUCUCCUGACAUGAACUGAGAUGCAAUGCUGAAUCAGUUGGAAAGGGAGAAUAAAAUCCAGAAUGGUGGGUUAACUGGUGUGCUUGAUCCCAUACAUAGAAUGUAGCCAAUAUGGUGCCGGACUAUAAUGGGUAUAGCCUACAGCACUGGAGGCCCCUCUAAGCAAGAACACUCUUUCCAGUGUUUUGUUGCUCAUCUUCCCCUCCCCUACCAUAGGAACACAUGUAGGACCAGAUUUGCUCUUGAUGCUGUGUGUAUUAGCAGUCCUUGGGCUACCAGCAUAAAAAUAAUGAGGGGGAAAUUGCAGAAAUGCAUUCUGCUAUAUGAGUCUUGAAAAGAAACCUGUGUGUUCAUUCCCAACAGCCCGCCAGCAGUUGUGCGUAAGUCUUUGGUGUCAUGAAAAUGCAACGAGACUUUUAUCUGCUUCUGCUUCUUUCCUUUUUUUG